GGGCGGCGCUAAAGAGUCACUUCAUGGAAGCAGCUGAACUGUAGCUCUAACUUUACUCAUUUUUGUCGAGGCUAGCAAAUAAACUACAGUCAACGUGGUAGUUUUAGUAUUCUUUAAAUAUCUGUAUAAUAAAAUGCAAUAAUAUAAUUGUCACCGCGGCCCAAAAUAAGUAAUUGUUAUUGUUGGUUUGUUCUUUAAAGUUUUUAAAGGGGUUUAGCUUUUAUUAGCAUAGCAUCAGCUAACAGCUGCGCGGAUGUGUGCGCAGUUAGCCUGUAGCCGAACUACAUUCAUCCCUCAGUACAACUGACUGUCCGAUCCCAGUCCAAUCUGAUCCGAUUCGUUACUUUCGUGGGAAGAGUGGCAAGCUGUCUGCUAAGUCAAAUGUUGAGGUUUUACUGAACAGUGGACAAUGGAUCAGGACAACAACUCUGAGGAUGACUCCGUUGGCCAAGCAGAAGAUGAUACACAACCUCCAUUUCCUCUUGGACUCUCGGACUCUGAGGCAGUGGAAGUGUUGUGGCAAGUGCGUACCCAGCGCCGACAGACAGACCCAGAUCUGCCGGACACCGUGACGCGUCUCACCACACCUGAGGGCAGUAUUGUGUACCUGGUUGGCACUGCCCACUUCAGCGACAGCAGCAAGGAGGAUGUCGCCACUACGAUCCGAGCGGUACAGCCAGAUGUGGUGGUGGUGGAGCUAUGCCAGUAUAGAGUAUCCAUGCUGAAGAUGGAUGAGAAGACGCUGCUAAAAGAGGCUAAAGACAUUAACUUGGAGAAGGUCCAGCAGGCGAUUAAACAGAAUGGAGUGAUGUCUGGCCUCAUGCAGAUAUUGCUGCUCAAAGUCUCUGCUCACAUUACAGAACAGCUGGGCAUGGCCCCCGGAGGAGAGUUUAGAGAAGCCUUUAAGGAGGCAGGAAAAGUGCCCUUCUGUAAAUUUCAUCUUGGGGAUCGGCCCAUUCCAGUAACCUUUAAACGUGCAAUAGCUGCUCUCAGCCUGUGGCAGAAGGCUCGUCUGGCCUGGGGCCUGUGCUUCCUCUCUGACCCCAUCAGUAAGGAGGAUGUAGAGAAGUGUAAGCAAAAGGAUCUUCUGGAGCAGACCAUGUCAGAAAUGAUUGGCGAGUUUCCAGCCCUUCACCGCACUAUUGUUGCAGAACGAGACGUCUACCUCACACACACACUUAGACAAGCAGCGCGCUGUGUGGAGGCGCCUCCUAAUGCUGAGAAAGUGCCUGCUGUGGUGGUUGGAGUGGUCGGGAUGGGUCACGUUCCUGGUAUUGAGAGGAACUGGGAUAAAGAGCUCAAUAUUCAUGAGAUCAUGAGUGUGGCUCCACCAUCUCGAUUUGGCUGGGUAGUACGCAAUGUGUUGAAAGGAGCCAUGUGGGGGCUUCUAGGUUAUGCCUGCUUCCGUGCCAGCAAGGGUGUGGGGAGGGCGUUACUCUCCUUACCAACAGUCCAAUCGUUGCUUGACAAUAUACGAACACCUUCCUUUUGACAUUUCUUUUAUCGGCACAGACUCUUCAGCAAUGAGAUCAGGAUGUCACACUGAACACCAAUAGCCUUAACUACAUGAUGGUGGUUGGGUGAAGGGGAAAAUUCGAGCUAAACAUUGUCUCCAUCCAUAUGAAAUAAACUCUGUGGGUGAAAGCUUUUGACUAGCUCUCUACCUCCUCAACCCUCUGUACAUCCGCUCUGUGUACGCAGAGCUAUACUGCCAAAGAAAUCGGACCACGCUUUUUUUCCCCCUUUUCCUCAUUCUUAAAGUAUGACCUAAUAGGAAAUUAGCUGCAGCAGGAUUUCCCACCUAAUCUUGAACUGAAGUUUUAUUAUAUCUCUUGAUAUACUCUUGGUUGGCUCCUGCAAAUAGUUAAUGCAUUUAGUUUCCCAGCAAUGUACAUCGGGAAAAUGAUUAUGACCGAAGUAUUUUUGGUUUCACUGAUUGAAUUUGUACGUUUCCGACAAAAAUACUUGAAAUGAGUGUAACAGAAACAACUGCACACCAUGUUUAAGAGCUUCAAUUCACAUCCAGUAAGUGGGGGUGGUGGGGUGGUGAUCAGACCUGAUAAGGCCAGCAUAAACUUUGCCCAUGCUAGCUAUCAAGUGCCUCCUACCACAUGACCUGGAAAGGGCUAAAAGGAACAGAGACUGGUCAGGGUGUUUUGCUCUCGCUCCAUAUGGUCAUAAUAAAAGGGUACUAUUAAAUCUGGGGUCUUCUGUUUCUCCCACAGUUUCAUAAUUGGUCUUACUAAUGGGAAGUUUCUAGAAAUUAGUGAAUUAUGCAAUUAAACAAACAAGCUGCAUUUUGUUUAUGCAAUAUUUUGUUGUAAGAAAAGAGAUAAAAAAUUUUUUUUUAAUGAAAUGAACAUCUGUUCCCUUGAAAUUAAGUAUUUUCAUUACUGUUUUUGCUACUGUUCAUAAAAGUUGCCCAAAGGUUAAUUUCACUGAUCUUUUUCCAUUUAAUCAUAAUUUACCACUAACUCAAAUCAUGAAUUGCAUGAGACCAUCAUAAUCACUUGAAACUGUAAGUGUAGAGAAACUAAAUGCCAAGAAACCAAGAAUAAGUGUAGAGAACCAUUAAUGAAGGAAAAGUUGACAAGAAAAUGCUUAUAAUGGAAAAGCCAUCAAUAGCAUUGGCCAUCAGGGCACAAUUUGUGAAUCAUGCUUCAUAUGGAUGGAUAGGUAGGUGGGAGUGUUUCUGCUCUCUGUGCUUAAAGCCCUUAAACUACUUUCCAUGUAGCUUUUUACAACUGUGUCUUAUAGGGUGACUGAAAACCAAUUUUAAAUGUCAUCUAGGUCACAGGCACAUCUGAAGCACAACACUUGAGUGUUGCGGGAAUGCGAAUGCCUUCAGUUGUUCUUUUAAAUCUUUAGAUGCUGAAUGGUAAAUGCUCAAAUUAAGAUGUGUUUAUAGCUUUGCAUGCAUGCCAUGUGCAUUUAAAGGUAUGCUGGAGAAGGAAAUUACUAUAUGGAUGUAUCUGCAUGAUUCCUUGUGUAGAUGGUUUGUUGGGAUUAUUUAAUUGAAUUUUUUUUUUUUUUUUUU